AUGUUCAUACUCAUUCUCUUCCUCGCCCUACUGGCCCAGGGUCUUACCAUUCCCCGCUCACCCACGGGCAACAUCUGGCAGCCCAGAGUAGGCGCUUCAUGGGACAUUGUUCUCUCAACCAACGUGCCCCGUCCUGAUCCCACCACUGAAAUCUAUGACAUCGACAUGUGGAGCAGCGAGCCCAGUACCGUCGAUGCCCUCCACAGACAAAACCACAAAGUGAUCUGCUACUUUUCUGCCGGAAGCUACGAGCCGCACAAAAAGGACAGUGCCUCGUUUCCAGAAGAAGCGCUGGGCAAUCCCCUCCAUGACUGGCCGUCGGAGAGAUGGCUGGAUGUUCGCCAUCCUCAAGUGCGCCGGAUCAUGGCAGCCCGAUUGGACCGAGCACAGAAACUGGGCUGUGAUGGUGUUGAUCCAGAUAAUGUUGAUGGCUACGGGAACGAUAACGGGUUUGGCCUGAAGAAACAGGAUUCAGUGAACUAUAUCAAUUGGUUGGCUGGAGAGGCGCAUAGUCGCGGCUUGGCUAUAGGGCUGAAGAACGCAGGGGACGUCAUUCCUGAGGUUCUUGCGAACGUGCAGUGGAGUGUCAAUGAAGAGUGUGCGAAUAGAAACGAGUGCGAUCUGUAUGCUUCUAUUGCAAGGGCCGGGAAGCCGAUUUUUCACAUCGAAUACCCGAAAGGUAGUGACAGGAAUGACAAUGAAGAUGUCGAUCCGGAGGAGAAGAGACGGCACUGCGAAUUCUCCAAUUCGGGACUGUUUUCAACGGUUCUGAAGAACAUCAUCCUGGAUCGUUGGGUUCAACGGUGUAACUGA